AUGUCACCGCGUCGUAAUGUCCUUGUGUCGCCCUUCCGCGAAUCGAUCCUGGUGGACUCGUGUUUCCUUCCAAUCGUCAACGUCGACGUUAACGACCCAGAUCACUACCCCGAUAUCCCUACGUCGCUACUCGAACUCAUUUUCCCCAUUUGCGCCAUUCUGCUUGGAGCUCAAGUACUACGCUCAGUGGACGCCGAAGAUGUGCCGGUUCUACAACAUCUACUAUGUCGCUUACCAAGAUUUGGUACUCACAACCUGCCUCCCCCAGCGCUGGCCGACCUGCGCUGGUUCGACACGAUCCUCGCAGUCGGCCACCUAUCCCAUGUACCCACCUCCCUGUUCACCGACACUUCAACGCCGAAAUUCACCCUCAAAAUGGACGCCAGCGAUGAGGGCCUUGCGAUCAUGUUCCCCGUACGACGGCUUUUCAUUCAGCUCCGCUGGGACUCGACCGAGCUUGCCCUCAUUCAAGAGUGCAAGUUAUUUUCCAACAAAAUUAGUCCAAUCAAUCAGAGUUACCACUUCAACCAUUCACCAAUCCCAGGUCACGUGAUUUCGGUACGUCACGAAUACACGCAUGCUUUUCAAGAAGCGUGCGCGAACACUUUUGUGUUGCCCUGGCCAUUGCUAUCUGGGGUCUUCUCUUCGUUGAUCCCGCAUGCCGUCGCACAAUAUACGCCCAGGUUCUUACCUGCAACAUCAGCGCGCUCGCAUGGUCCACUACACUCGCCAGCAAGAACGGCUACAUCCAACAAAUCAAUCGUUGCCUCGGAUUACUCCAAGCGAUUCACCAUCUCCACCCACAACACAUCGCGGGAGCUCACACCAACGGUUUCGUGA